AUGAGUUUAUCUCACUUUCAACAACUUGCUCAACAACAACAACAACAACAGCAACAACAUGUACCAUUGAUAGGAGAGAAUGAAGUUGAUGAUAAUGGAGACAGCAGUUCAUUGGAAUCAUCUUAUAUGCAAUUAGAAGCAUCAUGGUUAAUAAAGAAAGAAGUACCUGUCAUUUGUAAAAGAGUUAGAAGAAUGUUAAAUAGAUGUUUAGAAAUGUUAAAACCAACUACACUAAUUGAUGAAAAUGAAGCUAAUAAUCAACAACAAGAACAAGAUAGAAAUAAUAAUAAUAAUAAUAAUGGUAAUGGUGGUAACAAUUUAAAUAGUCAAUUUAGAAGAGCAAGUUUAGAUUUUAGAGAUAUGAACUUGUUUCAAGACAACUAUCAAGAUUUGGAUGAUUUAUUGGAAGAGAAUAAGAUUGGAACGAUGAAUAUUAUGUUUGAUACUGCCGAGGGAUCAAGAGGUAGUUUGGCAAUAGAUGGAUGGUUGGUUGAAUCAAAUGACAUUCAAGUGAAAUUCAACAAACCUGCUACCAAACAAGCCGUUCAUACACCUACCUAUAAAACUUUAAUUAAUAAGGCUCAUCCAUGGAGAAUUCAACAAAUUCAAAAUUCAUAUAAUUAUUUAAAUUUGAUAUUGACAGAGUUGGAGAGUAUUAUUACUUUUACAGAGGGAUAUGUACCUAUGGAUACUUAUGCAUUGAUGCGAAUCAACCCACAUAUGCAUCCAUACAAUCAUCAUAAUCAUCACGGUUCUUCAGGAUCCAGUUUGAAUCAAUCACUUGGUGGUACAACUACCAUUCACAACAUUACCAUUCAAGUGCCAACAACAACAACCAAUGCUACUUCUACUUCUACUACUGGUGGAGAUUCAUCACCACCACCAUCACAAUCUACAUUGACAGCUCCAUCACCGUCAUCUCAAUUGGGUGUUUCAAAGGAAUGGAUGCCGUCAUGGACAAACAGACACUAUACACAAAACUUCCCAGAGUUGUUGUCACUUGUAGAGUCAAUCAAGAAAAUAUCAGAGUGGUUGUCUUUGGCCAAGGACGAAAUACUUUUACCAGGCCGUACAUUGUUCCCUCACACGCUAUUCCAACCAAAUGUAUUGCAACCACCUCUCCCAUUUGAAAUCAAUGUCGACUUGUCGAUUUCCAAUUGCGAGUUGGUACUCAGUAUCUAUGAGUUGCACAUUGCAUCGACGACUACUAGUCCACCCUACUAUCUACAACAACAACAGCAACAACAACAGGGUGUAUCACCAUCAGCUACCGAUUCCAAACGUAAAACUUUGACCAAUCCCAUUAAAAUUGUAUCAAAUAGUGUACAAUCAAUUGUAAAUAAUAAUAACAAUAGUAAUAAUAAUAAUAAUAAUAAUCAACAGAAUUCACAAAAUACCGGGUCAAACGGAACAACAAAUAAUAAUAAUAAUAAUAAUCAACAACAGCAACAACAACAACAACAACAACAACAACAAUCACAGUCACAACAACCACAAACUCAAUCAUCAUCAUCACAAUCUGGAACAUCUAGUCCAAUCCCAAGAAGCAGUUCACCAGAGAAUAGUCAUCUUACCGAACCAAGUGGACAUCAAGGUAUCCAACCAUUUCAAACAACCAAAGGUGGUAGUUUACAAACCAUUACAAUUAUUGAUCAUACAGAAUUCCGUAAACCACUUCCAUUGUUAUUGGGCACUUUUUCAUUGUUGACACGUUCCUAUGACAGACUAGCAGAUCUGAGUGAAAAGCUAUUGGCAGUUUCGAAUAUUUAA